UUUUCUUCCUCAAGGGUUUCUCUUUCUUACUCUUCUCGUCUCAUCACCACACCCCUCCUCUCUCUUCCCUAAACCUUUAUAUAAUAUUUAUUUCAUCCCCCAAAUCGAUCAAAACCAUCGGUAAUCAAAUCCCCGUCCACUCUCUCCCUGUGAUCAAUUUGGGUUACGGGUUAUUCACAUUGGUGAUUGCUGAGGAAAAGAUUAUCUACAGAUAUAGUGCAUUGGUACCCGGCUUUUAAAACAGCACGCUAAAAUGGCUAACAUCGGUAUAAGUGGUAUACUGGAAAAGAUGACUGGCAAAGAUAAGGAUUUCAGAUAUAUGGCAACUUCUGAUUUGUUGAAUGAGUUGUCUAAAGACGGAUUUAAAGCUGAUCAUGAUCUAGAGUUAAAAAUUUCGAUGACCGUUCUGCAGCAGCUUGAUGAUCAAUCUGGCGAUGUUUCUGGAUUAGCUGUGAAAUGUCUAGCUCCAUUGGUGAAGAAGGUCAGCGAGGGAGCGGUAUUGGAAAUGACUGAGAAGCUGUGUGAUAAAUUAUUGAACGGGAAAGAUCAGCAUCGGGACACUGCUAGUAUAGCCAUGAAGACAAUAGUUUCAGAAAUCACUUCGACAAUUGUUGCACAACGAAUUCUUGUAUCUCUUUCGCCACAACUAGUUAAGGGAAUAACUGCUGAUGGUAUGACCACAGAGAUCAGGUGUGAGUGCCUCGAUAUUCUCUGUGAUGUUCUACACAGAUUUGGGAAUCUUAUGACAGCUGACCAUGGGUUGCUGCUUAAUUCACUCUUAUCGCAACUGAGUUCCAAUCAAGCCAGUGUCAGGAAGAAGGCCAUUUCAUGCAUUGCAUCCCUUGCUUCAAGCUUGUCAGAUGAUUUGUUAGCAACAGCUACUAUAAAAGUAGUGCAGCUCUUGAAAAACAAAAGUCAAAAAUCUGAAAUGAUUCGAACAAACAUUCAGAUGGUUGGUGCUCUAAGUCGAUCUGUUGGAUAUCGUUUUGGACCACAUCUUGGAGACACUGUUCCUGUGUUGAUUAAUUACUGCACAAGUGCAUCAGAAAAUGACGAAGAGCUGCGCGAAUACAGUCUGCAGGCUCUGGAGAGUUUUCUCCUUCGAUGCCCUAGGGAUAUAUCACCAUACUGUGAUGAAAUCUUACAUCUUACAUUGGAGUAUUUAAGUUAUGAUCCAAAUUUCACUGAUAACAUGGAGGAAGACACUGAUGACGAGAGUCACGAGGAGGAAGAAGAUGAUGAGGAUGCAGACGAAUAUACAGAUGAUGAGGAUAUCAGUUGGAAGGUCCGAAGAGCAGCCGCGAAAUGCUUAUCAGCCAUAAUUGUUUCUCGCCCUGAAAUGCUCUCUAAGCUGUAUGGGGAGGCAUGCCCUAAGUUAAUAGAAAGGUUCAAAGAAAGGGAAGAAAAUGUCAAGAUGGAUGUAUUUAACACAUUCAUUGAGCUACUGCGUCAAACUGGAACUGUCACCAAGGGCCAAAUUGAAAUUAAUGAAUUGAGUCCACGGUGGUUGCUGAAGCAAGAAGUCUCAAAAAUUAUUAAAUCCAUAAAUAGGCAGCUUCGUGAAAAAUCUGUCAAGACAAAGGUUGGUGCAUUUUCUGUUCUGAGAGAACUUGUAGUUGUCCUACCAGACUGCCUUGCUGACCAUAUUGGGACUCUUGUUUCUGGGAUUGAAAAAGCACUAAGCGAAUCCUCAAACUUGAAGAUUGAGGCUCUCAUUUUCACAAGAUUGGUUAUGUCUUCACAUUCACCGUCUGUUUUCCAUCCUUACAUCAAGGUCCUGUCUGCUCCUGUACUGUCUGCUGUUGGUGAGCGUUAUUACAAAGUUACUGCUGAAGCAUUAAGAGUGUGCGGGGAGCUUGUCCGAGUGGUGCGACCUUACGUUGCGGGUGUUGGUUUUGAUUAUAAGCCAUACGUUCAUCCAAUCUAUAAUGCAAUUUUGACGCGUCUAGCUAACCAAGAUCAAGAUCAGGAAGUUAAGGAGUGUGCUAUUUCUUGCAUGGGCCUCGUCAUUUCAACAUUUGGUGAUAACCUCCAAGCAGAAUUACCUGUAUGCCUUCCUGUUCUUGUUGAUCGGAUGGGUAAUGAGAUAACUAGACUUACUGCGGUGAAGGCAUUUGCUGUCAUUGCUACAUCUCCUCUCAAAAUAAACCUAUCAUGCGUUCUGGACCAUCUUAUUGCUGAAUUAACGGCAUUCCUGCGAAAGGCUAACCGUGCAUUGAGGCAAGCGACAUUAGGGACACUAAAUUCUCUACUUGUAGCAUAUGGUGAUAAAAUUGCAUCUUCUGCCUACGAAGUUAUAAUUGCAGAACUUUCGGCUCUUAUAAGCGACUCAGACUUGCAUAUGACAGCUCUUGCAUUGGUCCUCUGUUCUACGUUGAUGACAGAUAGAAAGUCAAGCCCCAAUGUUGGUUUGACUGUUAGGAACAAAGUUCUUCCACAAGCUCUGACUCUAAUCAGGAGUUCAUUGUUGCAGGGGCAUGCCUUGCAGGCCCUGCAAAGUUUUUUUGCUGCCUUGGUCCAUUCAGCAAACACAAGCUUUGAUGCUUUACUAGAAUCUCUUCUUUCAAGUGCCAAGCCAUCUCCACAGUCUGGUGGCCUUGCAAAACAGGCUCUUUAUUCAGUAGCUCAGUGUGUUGCUGUCCUCUGCCUUGCAGCUGGUGAUCAGAAAUGUGGAUCUACAGUAGAAAUGCUUACAAAAAUAUUAAAAGAUGAUUGCAGUACCAAUUCUGUAAGAUUUCAUUGCCUGCUAAUUGUUCAGUGUUGUUCUCUUUCAUGGGCUAAGCGGCACCUGGCAUUGCUAUGUUUGGGGGAAAUUGGAAGAAGAAAAGAUCUAAGCUCGCAUGCAGGCAUAGAGAACAUCGUUAUUGAGUCUUUUCAAUCACCUUUUGAAGAGAUAAAAUCUGCUGCCUCCUAUGCGCUGGGAAACAUAGCUGUUGGAAAUUUGUCCACGUACUUGCCCUUUAUUUUGGAUCAGAUUGAUAACCAACAAAAGAAACAGUAUUUACUACUUCACUCAUUAAAGGAGGUUAUAGCCAGGCAGUCGGUAGAUAAAGCUGGACGGUCUGAGUUUCAAGACUCAAGUGUUGAGAAGAUACUGAAGUUGCUCUUUAAUCACUGUGAAAGUGAGGAAGAGGGAGUUAGGAAUGUAGUGGCAGAGUGUCUUGGUAAAAUUGCCUUGAUUGAACCUACCAAACUUGUCCCUGCACUUAAGGAACGAAUAGCAUGUCCAGCUGCUUUCACCAGGGCAACUGUUGUUAUUGCUGUGAAGUACUCAAUUGUUGAACGCCCAGAAAAGAUAGAUGAGAUUAUGUACCCUGAGAUCUCCUCUUUCCUAAUGCUUAUUAAAGAUCACGACAGGCAUGUGAGACGUGCAGCCGUCCUGGCUUUGAGUACAGCAGCCCACAACAAGCCAAACCUGAUUAAGGGUCUUCUUCCAGAGUUAUUACCACUUCUCUAUGACCAAACUGUUGUCAAGAAAGAAUUAAUCAGGACUGUAGAUCUUGGUCCUUUCAAGCACAUUGUGGAUGAUGGGCUCGAGCUAAGGAAAGCAGCUUUUGAAUGUGUUGACACAUUGCUCGACAGUUGUCUCGAUCAAGUGAAUCCAUCCUCAUUCAUUGUUCCAUACCUUAAAUCUGGUUUGGAUGAUCAUUAUGAUGUCAAAAUGCCUUGCCAUCUUAUACUCUCGAAGCUUGCAGACAAGUGUCCUGCUGCUGUUCUCGCAGUUUUGGAUUCUUUGGUUGAUCCUCUCCAAAAAACUAUCAAUUACAAGCCGAAGCUAGAUGCUGUGAAGCAAGAAGUGGAUCGAAACGAGGACAUGAUCAGGAGUGCUCUCCGAGCAAUUUCUUCUUUGAGCCGCAUAAGCGGAGGAGACUGCAGUCUUAAGUACAAGAGCCUUAUGAGUGAGAUAAUGAAAUCAACAGGGUUAAGCGACAAGUAUAAUACCAUCCAUAAUGAGUAGAUCCCGAAAUCCUCUUCUGUUUUCUUGGAUUGGAUUUGUGCGCAAAUGGUAAAAUCAGUAAAAACGACGAUAGACACUCUAUAAUCUUCACCACCGGUAUACUACAGUUGGCGGGGCUGGUUCUGGCUUUUGAUAAAAGAAGGGUCUAAUCUCUUCUUCAUCAGCUCAUUUUGUCUCUUAUUUUUCGAGUAUACGGUUUAUAUUCCUCACAUAGAGGAAAAAUGAAAAUAGUCAAGUGCUUUUCAAGCAGACAACAGAAAUCUCACAUGAAAUUUUGCUUAUAUUUAGACAGUUUUUGUAAAUGGUUUGGUUAUUUUGUACCUUCCAUUUCACUGUUUUACAACAUGGGGUUGGGUUAGCUAUUAUCAUUUAAGUAAUCAAGUUAGUUCAUAAAAAAAUCAAGUUAGUUCCAA